AGUGCCCUCCUCAGCGCGUGCCAUGGCGUGCCUCGAGGGCUGCUGCCUUCGCCUGGAGAGCGGCACCGUGACCUUGGGCCGGCGCCUCGGCCACGGCGCCACCUCGGUGGUCCAUGCGGCCCAGCUGACGCCCAGCCCCAAGACCUCUGCCGCGGUGGUGGCCAAAGUGGGUGUGACGCCCGGCCCCUUCCUGGCCAAUGAGGCGAAGAUGUUGCAAGCAGCAGCUGGGCACAAGAAUAUCAUUCAGCUCAUUUCCCUGCUGUCGGUCGAUCUGACGGAUCCUUCCUCAAACCUCCGCGAUUUAGCUCCGCUUGGAGCUGUGCAAGCAGAGGAAUCCUUGCAGCUUCUCAUCCUGGAGCGGUGCCAGUGCAGCCUCGCGAACUUCUGCCAGCACAUCCCCUCGGAGCGAUACUCUGCGUGGGUGAUGCGAUCCGUUCUCGAUGGCCUCGUGCAUUUGCAUAGCCUGAACAUUGUUCACCGGGACAUCAAGGAUGCCAAUAUCAUGAUCGCAUAUAGCGGAGAUCGGGUGGCAAUCGCUGAUCUCGGUCUGGCAGGAAGGAUUCCUGAAGGUCAGACGAGCAUCGAGUGGCAUUGUGGCACCCAGGGCUUCGCAGCUCCGGAGGUGCUGCAGCAACGCAGCGGCGGCAAGGCCUCCGACGUCUUCUCUCUGGGAGUGGUACUUUUCCUUAUGCUCACCGGCAGUCAUCCAUUCUUAGAGGACACGAAGCUGGAGACCAUGAUGGCCACGCUCCACCGGCAGCUGCCCUGCGAGCCCGCAGGCCUCCUGAAAAAAUCCUCCCAGGAGGCCUGCGCCAUGCUGCAGCUGAUGCUCUGCCGCGACUUCCAGACCAGGCCAUGCGCCGCCGCGCUCUUGGAGCACGCCUGGUUCUCGAAAGAAGCUGGCCACGGCCAUGCCCACACCAUCCUCCCGACGGGCCAAAGCCCCAGCCCCGCGCUGGAGAGCCUGCGGGCCGAGCGUCAGAAGGCACGGAAGCCGGAGCUGCUGAAGAAGGCCGUCACACAGACCGACUCCCGCGCCCGCGAGAAGAAGCUCUGGCGCCGGGCGCGGGACGCCUUCGCCAGCUUUCAGGAGCUGCUGCACUCCAUGGGGUUGCCGGUGGUGGAGGCGGAGUCGGAGGCUGAGGCCACCUGCGCCCAGCUCUGCCGGGAGGGCCAGGUCUAUGCUGCGGUGACUGAGGAUAUGGAUGUGCUGACGUUCGGGGCGCCGCGGCAGGUGAAGAAUCUCUUCGACGUGGAGGGCUCCAGAACCCGACAGCCCAAGCCCGCGCGUGAAGUCGAUUUGAGCCUGGUCCAGGAUGCCUUGUCUUACACCCAGGAGCAGUUCAUCGAAUUCUGCAUCCUUUGCGGCUGCGACUAUCUGCCGCACUUGCCUCGAAUAGGCCCCAAAACCGCCGCGCAGCUUUUGCAACGUGAAGGAUCGUUGGACGCGGCGGUGGCGGCCUGUCGCGCCGGCAAGGGCCCAAAGGGCUGCACGAUUCCGGAGGACUGGGACUGGGUCGCGGCCAAGCGGAUCUUCCAAAAAGGCGCUGAGCUUCCGGAGCUGAGCGUUGUCGCUACCAGCGCGGCAGACUGCGAGAAGCUACGGAGCCUUCUGGUGGAGAAGCAUCAGUUCAACCCAUCCCGGGUGGGCAAUAUGGUGGAUCGGCUUUGGAAGGUGAGGCAGCCAGGAGGCCCCGUGUUGCAGCGGCGCUUGGACUCCUUCUUUCAGUCUUCGCCGAAGCGACCGCGCCGGGAGAAGUGCACGUCGGCCCCAAAGGAGCCCAUCGAUGUCGAGAAGUGGCGCUGCCCCCAGUGCACCUUCGAGAACGACUCUCUUCCUUUCUGCGAGAUGUGCGAGAAGCCACGGCCAGCCCAGCCGAACGCUUCAGAAAGGUUGCGCCCGAGCUCCGUUUGCAUUGACCUUGACUGAACA